AAUAUAGAAGGUCGAAGAACUGACACAGAAUUCGAGGGAAUCCGGCUGACGAACGCCAGGCGGGAGUUCACGGUGGAAGUCGAGGGUCGGCGCGGGCAGCUCCAGGUGACACACAAACAUGGAAGAAAUAGGGAUAACUGUCGCCACUGAAAAGGUGGAGGAAACGGUUGAUGUGAAAGGCCCCGUAGUCGGUGGAUUUACGGUUGUGAAUGAGGAAUCCACCCGAGAUGAUUACAACACAUACAAGCGUCUUUUACAGAACUUAGAGUACCUCCGUGUUCAGGAAGACUACAUUAAAGAUGAACUACAUAAUCUGAAGAAGGAAUACAGACAUGCUCAAGAAGAGGUUAAGAGAAUUCAGAGUGUACCAUUAGUGAUUGGACAAUUUCUAGAGGCAGUUGAUCAAAACACCGGUAUUGUUGGUUCAACCACAGGUUCCAAUUAUUAUGUACGAAUCUUAUCAACAAUUGAUAGAGAAUUACUAAAGCCAUCAGCAUCUGUAGCAUUGCACAAGCACAGUAAUGCUCUUGUUGAUGUUUUACCCCCAGAAGCAGACUCCUCUAUAUCCAUGCUACAAGCAGAUGAGAAACCAGAUGUUGCUUACUCAGACAUUGGAGGUUUGGAUAUGCAGAAGCAGGAGAUCAAAGAAGCUGUAGAGCUCCCCCUCACUCAUUUUGAUUUGUAUAAACAAAUUGGUAUUGACCCUCCCAGGGGUGUAUUGAUGUUUGGGCCUCCUGGAUGUGGUAAGACCAUGCUUGCCAAAGCUGUUGCACACCACACUACAGCAUCAUUCAUUCGUGUGGUAGGGUCAGAAUUUGUUCAGAAAUAUUUGGGUGAAGGACCACGAAUGGUGAGGGAUGUAUUCAGAUUGGCUCGAGAAAAUGCUCCAGCAAUUAUCUUCAUUGAUGAAAUUGAUGCUAUUGCUACAAAGAGAUUUGAUGCACAAACGGGCGCUGAUCGUGAAGUACAGCGAAUCUUGCUCGAGUUACUCAACCAGAUGGAUGGUUUUGAUCAGACUACCAAUGUCAAGGUGAUUAUGGCAACCAACCGUGCAGAUACGUUGGAUCCUGCUCUGUUACGUCCUGGUCGGCUAGAUCGAAAGAUUGAAUUUCCAUUACCAGAUCGACGACAAAAGCGUUUAAUUUUCACAACCAUUACUGGAAGAAUGAAUUUAAGUGAUGACCUUGAUCUAGAAGACUAUGUGGCUCGUCCUGAUCGUAUAUCAGGAGCUGAUAUCAACGCCAUUUGUCAAGAGGCUGGUAUGCAUGCUGUCCGAGAGAACAGAUAUAUUGUCUUGGCAAAAGACUUCGAGAAGGCCUACAAGAACAAUGUGAAGAAAGAUGAGUCUGAUCACGAGUUUUACAAGUAAAAUUUAUACUGGUAGGCUGUUAUAUAAUAAAAAGUGACAAAACUAGUGGUUCAAAUGCAGUGUAAUGGUUUCAUUAAACUUGUCCCAGUUAAGGAAUGGAAUGCAAAUAUUAUUUAAUUUUUGAAGUCAUAACUAGGUGUCGUCACUUAAUACUUUAUUGGUCAGUGGAUAGAUUAAACAUGUAUGGUGAUGAAACUCAUUAUACUGCCAUUUUUUAAUAAAGCUAAAUGUAACUUCUCCUAAUCUCUGUCUCGCUGUCAUCAGAUGUGUACCGUAUGUAGAAUUACUGGUUUGCAGUUUAUAAUAAAGUAUAUAAUUUAU